AUGAUCAGAUUCGAUCCGGACGAGGACGAAGAUAUGAGCGAGGAGAAACGCUUCUACUACCUUCGGCUGAUGGCGAAACCGGGUCGGAAGCCGAUUAAAACGAAAUUUGUCACAUGGUCACCCGAACAGCAAAGUAGUAGCCGUGACGACGACCCAGUGCUUGAGAGCCAAGCGAUGCGGGUGGUCCGUACGAUAGGACAAGCGUUUGAGGUAUGCCACAAAGUGGCACAAGAGCAAAUGCUGGAGAAACAUGAGGACGAAGCUGGCAAAAGCAAAGCUUCUCUCGCUAGCGAGGACGAUACGGGUAUUCCUUUAGACGUCAUUGAAGAGCGAGGAGCUGCUGAGGAGAGCAGUAGGAGUCAAAGUCCUGCCGAACCUUCGACUGGAGGACCGUUAUAUGGUCGACGGAUGUCUUUGUUUCAACCGCGGAAGGCAUCGUCAGCAAGUUCGUCCGUUGGCAACGGCUAUUGA